AGGUUGUUUAUCACUUGUAGCUAUCUAAAAAUCCGCCCAUGCGCAAGUUAGUCAAGUUUCUGUUUUCAUUCAUCAGUUAAACGCUUUCAGUUUCUAAUUCUCAGGCAGCCAGUCCGGUGACGAUCCUGUGUUAUUAGCCAGAAGCCGUGCAGUAUUUAAGUCAGCUGCAGUAUUCAUUGAGUGCUGUAAUAUUCAACGAAAGCAGAAGGCUAGAAGAACAUUUGAAAGGGGAAAAAAUGUUUGAAACCCAGAUUAUAUCUUUAACGUUUCUGUUGCAAUUAUAUUUAAGAAAGGUAUUCUACGUCUUAAGAAACAGUAUCGGUGAAUUUGUAGUUGUAAUGCAUGGUGCUCUUAAGGCAAUAAGAACAAAAUCUGCAGAAGCUCAACAUGGAGAAGAGUCGAACAAUCCAGAGCCGACAAGUGUCAACUACCACUUCACUAGACAGUGCAACUAUAAGUGUGGAUUUUGCUUUCACACAGCAAGGACGUCAUUUGUUCUCCCACUUGAAGAGGCAAAACGAGGGCUGCAGUUACUGAAAGAUGCCGGAAUGGAGAAGAUCAACUUUUCUGGAGGAGAACCAUUUUUGCAUCAACGUGGUGACUUUCUGGGGAAGCUGGUUCAGUUCAGUAAAGAAGAUCUUCAGCUUGCAAGUGUUAGCAUUGUGAGCAAUGGAAGCCUGAUAACAGAAAAUUGGUUUAAAAAGUAUGGAGAAUAUCUUGAUAUUUUGGCCAUUUCAUGUGAUAGUUUUGAUGAAGAAACCAAUGCUCAAAUUGGAAGGGGAAGUGGGAGGAAGAGUCACCUCAAGAAUUUAUACAAAGUACAAAGCUGGUGCAAAAAAUACAAAGUGGCCUUUAAACUAAAUACAGUUGUUAACUCCUACAAUGUCCAAGAAAACAUGAGUGAUCAUAUUAGAGAACUCGCCCCUAUCCGUUGGAAAGUAUUUCAGUGUUUAGUCAUUGAUGGGGAAAAUGCUGGUGAAAAUGCUCUGCGAGAAGCUGAAAAGUUUGUGAUCAGUGAUGCAGAAUUUCAUCAGUUUCUGGAGCGGCACAAGGACAUAGAGUACUUGGUUCCUGAGUCAAAUCAGAAGAUGAGAAACUCUUACCUGAUCCUCGAUGAAUAUAUGCGGUUUUUGGACUGCAGAGAUGGUAAAAAAGACCCAUCCAAGUCUAUCCUGGAUGUUGGUGUUCGGGACGCCAUCCAGUUUAGUGGUUUUGAUGAAAAGAUGUUUUUGAAGCGAGGGGGAAGAUACAUAUGGAGUAAAGCUGACAUGCGCUUGGAAUGGUGAUUUACUUGUAAUUCUCCCAGAACAGUGCCAAACUAAUGUGUUGUACUGUAUGCGAAGUGCCAUGCAAAAUUUUUCAUUAUUUUGCAGUUUAAAAGAUACACCUGUGUUACAGUAUAGUAUCAGGUCUGUAAACCUGAAUUUGGAAAGUUGUACACAUAAGCCGGUAGUUACAGUGAUAAUCUUUUAGAAUGCAUUUGUUAGAAAUAUGCCAGAUUUUAUUUUCACUGGUCAAAGCCAGAAUGCACUGAAGGAGCUGAAUUAUCUGAGAUACUUGUAAUAAUUUACAAAAUAUCUAGAAAGACAUGAAAUUUGUUAGUAGUGACAUAGAUACCUUCACCAGGGCCCAAGAACAAGAAGGAGCAAAUAGUUCCCAUUCCCACACAAGUGGGGUAAGGGUAUCAAGGUUUUAUAUUCUGCUCUUUUAGAAAAUCUAAAGUGGAUGUAUAAAAUCUGUACAAAA